AUGACUACCUGGAAGACCAUCAGCCGUGCUGUGCAGCUCGAGAUCACGAAGCGUAAGGGCUCUCGCUUUAUCUCAGCAGCAUGGCCACUAGCAUCAGAAGAUAAUAGUACAGUUUCUGAAUUGAUAGCACAAUUCAUUGAAAUUCAACGCUGCAAGUUUCCGGCUGCUAAUCACCAUUGUUACGCCUAUACGACGAUGAAUGGAUGUGAAUUGUGCUCAGACGAUAGAGAGCCACACGGGACCGCUGGUCGUCCCAUCCUUGCUGCAAUACAGCGAGCUCAAUUGGUGGAUGUCUGUGUGGUGGUCACAAGGAUUUUUGGCGGCGUCAAGCUCGGGUCUGGUGGUCUCAUCCGAGCGUACGGAGCUGCAGCACAAGAGGUGAUCGAGCAGGCAGAGAUAGUUGAAAAGGUGCCUACACGAUUGCUUCACGUUCAAACCGCAUAUUCGUUUGUUGAUAUCGUCAAACGAGCGUGUGACCAAUUUAAUGCUGAGCUUGUAUCGCAAGAAUAUGCUGAAGAAGCGGCGUUUACGACGAAAGUAGAACGAUCGACAUGUACGGGAUAG